UUUUUUCUUUUAUCUCUGUUUUAACCACUCACCUACAUUACCAUGAACAAGCAACUUCUCUCUACUAUCGCUCGCGCUCGAUUCACCUCUCCUUCCACGGCUGUCGUUGGUCGUCGUUCCAUGAGCGCUUAUUCCCAUAUGUCUGAUAACGAUCCCGUGGUGCUCGAAAGAGAAAAGAGAAAGCAGCAAAACGUUAGUCAACGUGAAUGGAAUGAAAAGUUGGCUUCUCAGAGUGAAGCAGCUGUGAAGGCUGACCAACAAGAAGAUGAAGAUUUGCAAUCCUUGCAGCAAAAGUCAGCAGAGCAUCUCAAGAACCAACAGGAUUAAACUGCACCGAAGCAUUGGGCGACUAAGGAUUUUCGUAGGAUCACGUAAUAUAAAUAGGAUAUCACACUGUUGGUUGUAGUAGUAAUACAUUUGUACAUGCGCAUUAAUUAUAAACAACCCAAAAACCAUCUUUUGACAAGCU